AUGGAGUUGUGUAACCAGAGCACCUCAAUCAAAUACCCGUUAAAGUAUAUUCAUAAGGGAUACGACCGAAUCACAGCAUCAGUUUCCCGAUCAAGAACGUCAUCCAAUAAUAGUGAGAAGGUAAUUGAUGAGAUUAAAGAAUACCUUGAUUGUAGAUACGUAUCACCAGCAGAAGCAUGUUGGCGGCUAUUUUCUUACAAGAUUCAUGGAAGGAAACUUGUUGUUGAGCGUAUGUUCUAUCAUCUCUUCGGUGAGAAGCCGUUGUACUACUUUGAUUUUGAAAGGAUGGAAAAUGUUUUAGAAAAAGCAAGUAUAACAAAAUCUAUGUUUACUUCGUGGUUACUUGCAAAUGGUCAGUUUGAAGAUGCACGCCAAUUGACAUAUGGGCAAUUUGUUUCUAAGUUUGUAUAUGUAAACCAAGGAAAAAAGGUUUUACAAUUGGAAGGCUCAUUUGGGUUCCAUUGA